CUGUUCCGCGGUGCUUUUCCCCAGCCAUCACGAGACCUCCCCCAAAAAAACCAAGCAAACGCCACAGCCACUCCACCAGACCACCACCACCACCACCACCCCACCCAGCUGGUGCGCCUCCAAGAAUUCCUCCUCCUCUUCCUCGGAUUCCUUCCCCCUCUUCGGCGGCGGGCUCCCCCACCGGCACCGGCGUCCCCGCUCCCGGCGUCGCCAUUGGCCUCCUCCCUCGUCUCUGCUCGACGGAAUAUGAAGUUAAGGCCAAAAAGACCUGGAUGGAAGUCACUUAUGCCUCUGCAGUUGAGCAGGAAAUCUGCACUGCGUUUCUUUUUGUUUCCCAAGGUUCAGGCUGCGGGUCAAUCUCCAGAUGACACACCAGUUUAUCUUAAUGUGUAUGAUUUAACACCCAUGAAUGGCUAUGUAUAUUGGGCAGGCCUUGGUAUAUUUCACUCCGGAAUUGAAGUUCAUGGUGUUGAAUAUGCAUUUGGAGCACAUGACUACCCCUCAAGUGGAGUAUUUGAAGUAGAGCCUCGUCAAUGCCCUGGUUUCAGAUUCAGGAAAUCGAUAUUUCUCGGUACAACAUGCUUAGAUCCCAUUCAAGUUAGGCAAUUCAUGGAGCUACAGUCAGUGAACUACAAUGGAGAUACUUACCACCUUAUCACAAAGAACUGCAACCACUUUUGCAAGGACAUGUGUUACAAAUUGACUGGUAACAAAAUUCCAAAAUGGGUAAAUCGCCUCGCCAGAAUAGGUGCCAUUUGCAACUGCCUUCUGCCAGAAUCACUCAAGAUAUCCCCAGUCGGCCAUGAUCCAAACAGUCGACCUGAAGAUUGUGAGAAAAGGCGGCUGAGGAACCCGUUGAGCUGCUUCUCUUCGAUCUCGAGCCAGAGGCAGCUGCCCCCAUCUUCCCCGUUCCCGACAUCACCUGUGAAAGAGCCUCUUGCGUACAGUUCAUCAAGGAAAUCCAGCGCUCCAUCACUGAGGAAUAGGUAGCCUGGCCUCCCUUGUGUAACUUUUGAUACCAAGUUAGGCUAAUUUGGUCAGUGGCAACAUCUGGAGGGCACUACCCUGCAUGCUGCCGCAACUGUCAGCUAAUUCUUUUUGCUCGGUAUCAGUCAAAAUGCUUGGUGGUGUUGUUGUAUCAUGUAAGUGGAACUAAUGCGAGUGAGUCACCUGGAGAGGUGUCUCUGUGUGGGUGAGAGUGAAUGCCUCUCAAUUCUACCCACCCCCUGUACUGAUCAUGAGACACGAACCGGGAUGUAUUUUGUAUAUUAUUAAUCCACUAUUCUUUCAGCUGUUGUAGCUGCCUGACC